AUGCACACAGAUGAGGUAUGCACCAAUCGGCAUAUCGAUUUAGAUGCCAUGUACAAAUUCCUCAAGGACAAAUGGAAGCGAGCGCAGCCAAUGCCGAGUGGAUGACGAAAAACCACUGAUGCGCAUUGGCGCAAGCUUCGGCCAACCAUUGAAUCACUUGUUCGACACGGUUAAAUAAUGAAGUGUUUUUGUACAUAGCCCAAAAGUCUGAUGACGUGCUGGGGAACCAGACUCGAAAAUUUACGCAUUAAAAUUUAUCCUUUACCAAAAGAAUCUUUCUUAUUUUCAAGUAGUAUAAUGGUGGGAAAUAUCCUGAUUUAAAGUAAGAACUGACUGUCAAGUGUCGACCUUGCUCUUUCUUUCCUCUCCUAUGUGCCCGUCGACUGCCUGAGUCUGUCAGCCAGCUGAUAAUGACCCUGAACGCAGUGGACGAAAAGGCUGAACGACCCGUCUACGCGUGCCACACACGAGCUGGCUUCCCCGUCCCGUACCCGGCUGUACAGUUGGCGCACUUUCCAAGUACGUGUGAUGUGUAUGGUCCCGCAUGCCACGCCUCACCAGCCCUAGUAAAGAGAUUCGUAUGUUCGUUGCAGAAAUGAUGCAGAAGCGUGUGGCGGAAAGAUGUCGCGUGCACGCAUGUUUUGGGACAGAUUUCUGCGUCAUGUGGGGUGUGUGUGGGCAUGUAGGUGAAACCGCUCCCCCUCCCUAAAACCGUCCGCGCGAUAUGAUGUGCUGGCCCAUUAGGGGGGACUAGAUCGGCUUCGGCAGACGUUACUGGGAAUGCACAUCCAUAAAGAAAUGCGAAAAUUGGAGGAGUCGGAGCAAGACCAGAUGACAAUUCGGUUCCGAGCCGCCCCUCUAUUUUUCCUUGUAUAAAAUCCUGGUUAGGGUAUGUCGUAGACUAAAGGGUGUGGUGGCACGCCUAGGUGCGGAUUUACGCCGUGCCAGCCACCUGGGCCCUCUCCCGCCUCCGGUCUUUUUCGACUCUGUUUUGACAUCGGAUCCAGGUGGAGGAGAGAGAGAGAGAAUGUAGUAAAUGCCGUGCACAUUUACUAUUCCUUUUAAACUAACUCACAUGUAAGUCAACGCUCCCUUCUCUCAUCCUGCUGUGGAAUACACGGUACGCAUCGUCGGUCUCGUGGUUGUUCAGUGGUGCUUUUCGUGGAUAUGCCUGUAGUCAAAUAGGCAGAUAAAUAUGCUGGAGCCUUAAUCAUUCUACACCUUUCCGGACAUGGUCUGCAAGUAUUAGUCGGACGUCCAAAAUGUAUCCUCUUACGCCAGUUGGAAAUACUUAAGGGAAAUUUAUGUGGUUAGUAACCAUGGACAGUAUGGCGUUCACGGGAUUUGGAGAGAGUGUAAUUGGAUUUAACGUCCAGCGUCAAAGCCAGACCAAAACGAUCCGCCUAAAGAAUAGCUCUCCAGCUUCUCAGUAAAGGGAGAAAUAUGCAUAAUUCGAUUUAUUAUUGGUUUCCGAUUUCUGAAUUACAAUCAGUUUUGCUGCCCACUUUGAUAAAAAAAAUUCUUCAUCUUUAUGGGCGGUUGCUAAUAUCAUGUGAAAGGCAGCUUUUCAAUGUGAGGGCAGCAAUAUUCUGUGCUUAUGGAGUCUCUUCUGCAAACGGUCACGAAAAGCUGCGGCACUUCUCCGUCUAGGAAACUGAUAAUAAUGACAAUAAUAACGAUGCUGGCGAUGCCGAUGAUGGUGAUGACGACAAUGGUGCUGACGCUGCUGCUGCUGCUGCUGCUGCUGAUGAUGAUGAUGAUGAUGAUGAUGAUGAUGAUGAUGAUGAUGAUGAUGAUGAUGAUGAUGAUGAUGAUGAUGAUGAUGAUGAUGAUGAUGAUGAUGAUGAUGAUGAUGAUGAUGAUGAUGAUCAGGUCGGCAAUUGUGAGAGUUCCGGGUCGAUAAUCUGAGAAAUAUGAAGGGCUCACCGGAUCCGGGGAAUUGAGUGGCUGAAGGUUCGGAGGGCCUGGCCGGCUCGCCAUUAUUAAAGGGUUUUGUGCAAAAAACCGAACAGAAUUUUGAACAAAAAUGCUGCGUCAACACCAUGACCCGGUCACAACGAUCACAUGGAACUUGAAAACGCCAAACAAACACGACCCGUCGACUAAUUCACCCAAAGAGGGAGCACAGGUGCAAACGACCCCCAUUGAGGUGACGACACGCAACGCAGAAGACCGCCUACAGUCACAGACAACGGCCAGUAGGCCAGGGCAGCGAAAGAAGGGGAAAAAUCGAUCAGCCCAAAGCCAACUAAUUCGGCCGUCCGUUUAAAAUUCUGGCCGAGUUUUUUCCACAAAAGCUUUGAUAAUGAAGAGUAGGCCAAGCUUUCCGUAACGUCAACCAAACAAGUCCCUCUAUCCAGUGAGCCCUUCAUAUUUCUCGGAUGAUGUUAAUGAUGCACCGGUAUUUAUUACAAUGGAAGGAAAGAGUACAAAAAACUUACGUGUAUGAUGGCAAAAUGUUUUCCUUUAUUUACUAAUUUAUAUACAUCCACUCAUUCUACAAGCUAAUAUUAAGAGCGGAGUAUUUACCACUUUGAUGCACCUUCUCAAAAAGUCAUGAACUUCCCUGAAGUUUUUUGCUGGCCAUCAUUCAUUGAAAAUUCUUUUGAGUUUUACAUGCUAUAUUUGUGUGGUGGCGACCACCAACUUGUUAUGCUCCUGCUUUUGAUGGUGUAACGUGGGAGGUUUUUCAGUUUUGCGGGCCCUUACUCGACUGUUGUAUGCUUCAGAAGUUCCGGUUCCGGCUGUAAAACUUGCCAGUGCAUUUAUGCACUAGCCGCUUCUAAUUCCGGAAUUUACGAGGCUUAAAAAGUGCAACCGCCAGUCCAGGACGUUCCCAACUUUUUCUAGCCCGUCACUUUCGUCCGUCCAACAAAGGGGGGGGGGGGAAGGAUUUAAACUUCCCCCAACGACCGGACCAACUGUCCGAAAGCUUAAAAGGAUACCUUCUUCUACGUCAUCCUCAUGGCUCCUAUAUCAAGCGACUGCACUUUAGUGGGACACAAACAUGAAUGCUCCGCACUCAAUCUCCUCCUCAAAUGAUGACAGCUGCCCCACCUGCAGUGAAGUGCCUUUCCAUAAAACACUCAGCAGGGCAUGGCCACACUUCCUCCAUAUCUGCGCACGUAUAAACUUUCGCUUUUUAAUUUCCUCAGAAAUUACCUACGAACUUCGAGUAGUUCGGUUUAUUUAAGGUCUAUAGGCUCGGAUCGAGAAUUUUACAGUGCGUAACCGAUCUCAUGAAAUUUUGGCUGAAAUUCUGAAACGAGUUUUCCAUAUGGAAAAAGUAAUAACUUGGCGUUGUAAUAUUAAUUAUCUUGCGACAUAAUCUUAUAAUACUUCAGUUUUGUCAGAAUAUUGGCUUUUGAAUGCACCUCUUUCCGACCCCUGGAGAAACGACGCUCGAUAGAAAAUGACUACUUAAGUAGCACAUAUUUUUCACAUUGAUUUCCGAUGGUCAUAUAAAUCCAAAUAUUUUUUAUGGAUACCACGCACAAAAAAAUAUGUUUUCUUUUGCUUGUUUGGCAGAAAAUCAUAUAUUUUAUGCCUGAAGAAAAUGUAUACUCAAGUUUUGAAAUAGUUUCCCCUUCCCCGAAUAAUUUUGAGCCUGAUCAGCCGUCGCAUUAGUACUUAGCGACUUUACUUUACAAGGUGUAUGCUUCCCGCGUAAGGAGAAUCAUACAUUCCUGUAUGUCUUUAAGAAGUUGCCAUACAGAGUUUCCAAAAUUUUGCAAUGGACGCGGGCCAUGUUGUACAUUUUGUGAGGAGCAUUAGUAAACUGUUAUGUGCGAUGCUGUUUACAUGGACAUCUCACGGUCUUAAAAAUCGCAUAAUGAGAAACCUAUUUAAAACCCAAAGAUAACCUCCCUCAGGAUAUAAAAUGAGAACAGAAUGUGAUUUCCUACCAAACGAGUAAAAGAAGGCAUAGUUUCGUGCAUGUCUUCUAUAAAAUAUAUUUGAAUUUAUAAGACCAUCGAAAAUCAUUGCGAAAAAUGCAUGCUACAUAAGUAGUCAUUUUCUACCGAGCGAGGUUUCUUCAGGGGAUCGGAAAGGGAUGCGUUCGAAAGCCGAUAUCUUGACGAGUCUGCAGUAUUAUAAGAUUAUGUCACAAGAUGAUUAAUAUUACAACGCCACGUUAGUAAUCCUUCCUAAUCGAAAACUCAUUUCAGAAUUUCAGCCAACAUUUCAUGAAAUCGGUCAAGCACUGUAUGUAUGAACAUUUGGGCUGAAGUCCAUCACUCACAGCGGAUAACCGCGUAAAAUUCAUUAACUGCCCACAGGCAACUAAUGGUAUAUUUUAGGGGAAGGUGAUCCCGUACUAACAGCACAGGUACUAGCCAAAAGCCCAUACACGCGUGUUUCGCCGACAUUCUGCCGCAACAUGGCGCAGAUGCGAGGGGUUUCGGCUCGUCAGUGGGUCCCCCAGCAUUCCUCGUCUGCUUUCUGGUAGAUACUCCAAUUUAGAAAGUGUCGCCGAGAGACCCACUGACGCACCGAACCCCUCGCGGUUGCGCUAUGCAGCGGCAGAAUAUCGGCGAAACACGCGUGUAUGGGCUUUUGGCUAGUACAGUAGAUGUGCUAACUCAUGAAAUGUCAACCAAAAUUUCGAAAUGCGUUCUCGUUUCGAAAAGAUAAAUUGAGUAUUGUUGUAAAACUUAUCAUGACGCAGCAUAAAUAUAUAAUGAUCCAAUUACCUCAGGGUGUCUGCUUUCAAAAGAACUUAUUUUCGGCUGCAUGCAAGAUCUAUACUCUGCAAAAAAUGACUACUUAUGUAGCAUGCAAUUUUCUUAUUGAUUUUCGAUGCCCUUGAAAAUUCAAUUAUAUUUCAUAGAAAACAUGCAUAAAAAUAUUCAUUCUUUUACUUUUUCGAUAGAAAAUUACGUCUUCCUCUAAUUUCAUACUCGAAAGAAUAGUACAAUUCGGUUUUAAAGAAGUUUAUAAUUGUGAGGUUUUUUAAUACCGUUAAAUGGCCGUUCAUGAAACGUCAUGUAUCUGCAUUUACGAAUGUAACUUGUAAAGUUAACAAUAUUGCUCAAAUCCACUGCUUUAUUUUAUGAACCUCAUAUGGUCUCCUCUUAACACCGUAGAGAAAUGCAUGGUUUUCCGUACACGGAAAAUAUACAGCUUGUAGUUUUGAAAUCCUGAAUGCAAGUGUAACAGCAGGUCGUGUUCAAAAUUAUCCGGGAAUUAGAAAAGUUUUUAAAGCCGAAUUAUACUCUUCUUUGAGUAUGAAAUUAGAGGAAGACGUAAUUUUCUACCGAAUAGGUAAAAGAAUGAAUAUUUUUAUUCAUGUUUUCUAUGAAAUAUAAUUGAAUUUUCAAGGGGAUCGAAAAUCAUUGACAAAAUUGCAUGUUAUAUAAGUAAUCAUUUUUGCAGAGUAUAGAUCUUACAUGCAGUCGAAAAUAAGUUCUUUCGAAAGCCGACAACCUGAGGUAACUGGAUCAUUAUAUAUUUAUGCGGCAUCACGAUAAGUUUUACAACACUACUUAAUUUAUCUUUUCGAAACGAGAACGCAUUUCGAAAUUUUGGUUGACAUUUCAUAAGUUAGCACAUCUACUGUACCUUUGAUGUUAGUAUGGUAUCAUCUUACACUAAAGUACGUAAAAAGUGUUUGGUACUGAAACUGCUGUAUCGGGAAGGCCUUUUAAUGUACAAAGCUUUCUAUAAUCUCGUCGGACAGCAGCAGGUCCAUUAAUUAAUGAAAAAAACCACAAGCGGUCGGUCGCCAGUACCGCGGUUUUGGAGAGUAGGAGUUAUAGUUUAGGUUUAAAGUCACGUUGACUUGGUUUGACACUGACUUGAAGUGCCUGAAACCUCCAUUUGAAAGUCAUUCCUAGAUAAGGAAUUCCUAUGCGCUAUUCGUCGAAUUUUCUUAUACUAAAAUUGUUUUUAUCAGUGGUUUUUGAAUUUAUGGAAAAAAAUACCGUUUGCUAGAUUACGGUUUAAGGAGUAGUUUGCGAAAAAGCUAGAUCGAUAUUAGAAGAGGAAGAAGAAGAAGUAGAUUAUGUUAUCGUUGUUGUUAUUGGUGGUGGUGGUGGUGGUGGUGGUGGUGGUGGUGGUGGUGGUGGUGGUGGUGGUGGUGGUGGUGGUGGUGACGGCGGUGGCGGCGGCGGCGGUUGA